CCAUUUCUAAACUGUAUUCCCUACUGUGUCCUCCAACUGUUGUAUGUUCUGCCAAUCGCUUGAGGACAGAGUGAGAAAAGGAGCAAGCAGAGUUAGAAGCAGGACAAAAGAAGUUACAGACCUUUAAAUAUUCUAAUGUUUUAGAUAGCACGGUGUGGGUAAAAACAAUAGCGGCGAGUGUGGAUGGACUUGGCAGUGUAGUUAUGGAACCCCCUUUAAGCAAGAGGAAUCCAGCGAUAAGAUUAGCGGAUUUGGCAGCGACUCAACCCCAUCCUCAUCAGAAUAUGACAGGCUUCCCGGGGCUAGGGGGGCAUCACCCUCUCUCCCACCAUGCCCACCUCCACCCCGGGGAGCUGGGCAACGACCCUGGAGUGGCACUCACUCCAUUUGGACCAGAGCACAUGGCACAGACCAAUGCUCUCAAACUUAGCCCAUCACAGCACCACAUUCAGAGCCAUCCCGAAGCCCAGACCGCGGUGUCUUUCACUUCUACUCAGACUACAGUUGGUUUCCCCGUGGCUAACCCCCACUCAGGCUACUCAAGCAGCAGGGACUUCAUCCUCAGGAGAGAACUCUCGGCCUCUGCUAUGCAUGCACUUGGCGACCAGCAUAGUUCCGCCUCCUCCCCUCAUCACCAUGGUAUGUUCAUCUCCCCAACAGGUGCUUAUGGCCACACGGAAAGUGGGGCCCAUCCACUUUUCACUGGACUUCACGAGCAGGCAUCCCCAGGUGCCCACCACCAUGCCCUUAACGGGCAGAUGCGUCUGGGUAUACCGGGGGACCUCUACGGCAGGCCGGAGCACUUCGGGCACAGAACAGAGCACUAUGGACCGUCCUCCCUCCACAGCUACAACUCCAUGAACCUCAAUGUUAACAUCGCUUCAGCUCCUCACGGAGCGGCGGGGGCGUUUUUAAGAUACAUGCGGCAGCCCAUAAAGCAAGAGUUGAUCUGUAAAUGGAUCGACCAGGAGCAAUCGUCCAAAAAGCCCUGCUCCAAAACGUACAGCACCAUGCACGAGUUGGUGAACCACGUUACCGUGGAGCACGUCGGGGGACCAGAGCAGAGCUCCCACGUCUGUUUUUGGGAGGAAUGCCCGCGCGAAGGAAAGGCGUUCAAGGCGAAGUACAAACUGAUCAAUCACAUCCGAGUUCACACGGGAGAAAAGCCGUUCCCGUGUCCGUUCCCGGGCUGUGGAAAAGUUUUCGCCCGAUCGGAAAACCUCAAGAUUCACAAAAGGACUCACACAGGAGAGAAACCCUUCAAGUGCGAGUUUGACGGCUGUGACCGAAAAUUCGCCAACAGCAGCGACCGGAAGAAGCACUCUCACGUUCACACCAGCGACAAGCCUUACUACUGCAAGGUGCGGGGCUGUGACAAGUCCUACACACACCCCAGCUCCCUGAGGAAACACAUGAAGGUACACUGUAAGUCCCCACCACCGCCCUCCUCCAACGCCGGCUACAUCUCCUCCAGCAACCCGCUCGGGGACUCGCUCUCGCCCCACUCGGAACCGCUACACAGGAACCGGGCCGCGAACCUAUCGCCUCAGGUGACCAACCUCAACGAGUGGUACGUUUGCCAAGGGAGCGGGGGUCCCAACCAUCUCCACACGCCCUCCAGCGACGUGGCAACGUCGGAGUCGGACGACGAGGACUCUUUCAGAGGUUCAGACCCGAGGACGAUGCACUGAUAAGGAGUUCACCGCAGUCCCAAGACCCAGUCGUACUUUUUCUAGUCGUCAAUGUGGCCUGUCCUGGCUUGUGCACUUAUUUUGGGGGGGGGGGGGGGGAUGGAUCACGGUGUGCAUUCAUUUGUCCUUUUUAAUAUCACUUGUAUAAAUCGUAAUACUCUAUUAUUGCGCUCACAUUGUGACCACGUAAUUGCUGACAUGGGAUGAAGGUCGACAAUGAAGGAUAUAACUGCCUUUGAUGUGCAUCCAUAAUUGGGCAGAUUUUUGCCAAUCAAAUCCUACAUACUUUUGAAUUCACGCUCACGUAUACGUUUGUUUACAUGUGGAAAAUUGUCCGUAGUACCGGAAAUCCUUUUUAUAUGUGGGGAAUAAUAGAUUUUUCGUAUCUAAGGUAUGAAUUUUGAAGAACAAAUAUUGUAACCAUUAAGGCAAUAUGUACGGUUUAUCGUGCAUUAUGUGGCAAUACUCUUGAUAUGGUGGCGUUGCCUGUAAGAUCUCUUUUCACAUUCUUGGAGUUAAAUACUUGCCUAUAAAUCAUUGUCAGAUGCAGGGUUUGAAUGGCAACAAAUAGUUAUGUUAAUGGUGGUACCUUGUUGAUAUUUCCAUGAUGUGUAAGUAUUCCAUGAUAAUGAGGACAACCCAGCCUUCUCGAAGAUGUAAUGUGAUCAUUUGUAAAGGCCAACAUGGAGUGUUAUAGGCAACUAAUUGGGUAUUUUUAGGGUUCUCGUAACUUUUGAGAUUUAUACCAUACAUUUGUUUGGAUAGGAUUUUGUAAUAUUUAAAAAAAACUAUUUAAAACUAUAUUUUAUGUAUCAAAAUACACCAAUGUAAUGCUCGUUAAAGAGUAUAUGAGUCCGUCUCUCAAGACCCUAAAUGUCUUCAGUGACAGCCUUUGUCCCUUUGUAUAAAUGUAAGUGUAUCUAUGCUUGUGAAUGUUGUAGUUUUAAUUCCGAAAAUGUUGUUUUGUAUAUUGUAAUUUAUUCGCUGGUAUCAGUGUUUUACUGAAAUUACAGAGACACCAAAGAAUAAUAGUAUCAGUUUUGGUGAUAUGUUGAAUGGAUGCUUUUGUUGUGUUCUGUAAACGGAAAAAAAAUACUUGAAUAGUCUGUAAUGUGAAAAAUCCCUUUCUUGCAUGUCCUUUUUGUAGUGAUCUGUCUUUUCUCAUUGAAGUGCAUGAUGCUGUUGGAUAUGAUUGAUAAAAAGAUGAAUCAGUUAUGA